CGGGUCGUCUAGCGCCACCGCCGAGCGCUUGGCUCCCCGCGGCCGAGGAGCCCGCGUGAGCCGCGGGGGCUGCGGAACCGACGCGUCGUCGCCGCCGCCAGCCGGCCAGCCUCCUCGCCCGAGGAGGAGCGGCGAGAGGCAGCCGGGGUAGAAAAAUGUCCACUUUCCUUACAGUUGGCCUUCUCCUACUCUUUGUGGUUGAUUAUGGUUCCUCCGAGAACUCCAGCACUCCACGAGGAUGUGGCCUGGAUCUUCUUCCUCAAUAUGUCGACCUGUGUGAUCUGGAUGCGAUCUGGGGGAUCGUGGUAGAGGCUGUGGCGGGGGCAGGAGUGCUGACCAUGCUGCUCCUCAAGGUGAUCUUGCUGGUGCGGCUGCCCUUCAUCAAAGGCAAAGAAAAAAGAAGCCCGUUAGGCAUCCAUUUCCUCUUCUUUUUCGGGACCUUGGCCCUUUUUGGCUUGGCCUUUGCGUUCAUCCUCGAAGAGGAUGAGACUGUCUGCUCCAUCCGCAGGUUCUCCUGGGGAGUUCUCUUUGCACUGUGCUUCUCCUGUUUGCUCGCUCAAGCCUGGCGGCUCCAGAGACUCGUCCGCCAUGGCAAAAGUCCGUCUGGGUGGCAGCUGGCCGGGAUCGCUGUCUGUGUUGCGCUAGUCCAGGUCAUCAUUGCGACGGAAUGGCUGAUCCUGACGAUCGUGAGGGAUGGAAAGCCGGCCUGCCAUUAUGAGCCAAUGGACUUUGCCAUGGCCUCCAUUUACGUGAUGUUCUUGAUGGCGGUGGCCAUGGGCUUCUCCUUCUUCACGUUGUGUGGGAAAUUUAAGAAGUGGAAGAAGAAUGGGGUGUGCCUUGUCAUCACCAGUCUUUUCUCGAUCCUCAUUUGGGUGGCUUGGCUAACUAUGUACCUGUAUGGUAACAAGGAACUGGGGAGGAGAGACCAGUGGCGGGAUCCAACUCUUGCGGUGACUCUGGUGGCCAGUGGCUGGGUGUUUAUAAUCUUCUACGCCAUCCCAGAGGUCCACUGUGCCAUCCUUCCAUCCCAGCAAGAGAACACGCCCAAUUAUUUUGAUACUUCACAACCACGAAUGCGUGAAACGGCUUUUGAGGAAGACCUCCAGCUUCCUCGAAGUUACAUGGAAAAUAAAGCUUUUUCAAUGGAUGAACAUAAUGCAGCAUUGCGGAUGGCAGGAUUUCGCAACGGCAGCCUGGGUAGCCGUUCAAGCGCUCCCUUCCGAAGCAACGUCUACCAGCCCACCGAGAUGGCGGUUGUCUUGAACGGUGGGACUAUUCCAACUGCUCCGCCAAGUUACCCUGGAAGACACCUAUGGUGAAAAAGCUUAGUGGCCAUAGAGGAAGACAGAGAGAGAAUCCAUUAAUAAUGUUUUAUUUCCACACACACACACACCCCCAACAGUGUGUGUCUUUCAGAGGGAGGAAACCCACUGGGGGCGCACGGAAGGUCCUAGAAACUGAUAGCUUCGGGGGGGGGGUUGUUCCCCCUCCUUUUUAAAAAACAAAAUAAAUAAAUAAAACAAAACACGAGCACUGUCAAAUUGAUAAGCUAACUGCAAGGAGCUUCUGCAAUAUAAUAGAAGCUGAUCGAAUUUAAACGUAGAUCUAGCUAUAUCCUUUUUUUUUUUUUUUAAGGGAGGGGAGGAGAAAGGGAUUGAGUAGCCAAAUCACGAGGAAGUGUUUAGCUAGAGAAAGCAGGAAGGCUUCGGAAGGCACUGGAUUAUAGUAAGGCAAAGCAAUUAUGGGAGUUGAAGUCCACCCAUCUUGAAGUGGCCAGGUUUGAGAAGCACUGAUUUAGAGUAAGUUGUGAUCUGCGCUGUGGAACCUCAAGCAAUGGACCAGAGGCUUUCUCUUCACGCAAAAGGUGCUGGUGUGCUUGUGGGACUCCAGAUCAGGUGGCAACAAUGGCCCAAAGACAGGCAUCUUCUUGGGUGCGUAAGCUCUUUUUAAAACCGUAAGAGCUUUCGGACAGCUUUUGUCUUCUCCUAGACUCAGUGCAGAACUUUGGCCAUCAGGCUGUGCUUGGUAGGAACAAGGAAGCAUCUGCUCUACCUUUCUGGCUGACCAGACUGUAAGGUUAAAGGGAACCCAAGAGUGGCAAAGCCUCACAAAUUGUGCCUCAAGAGGGGAAAACAACUGGUGCAAGAGAGGCAACGUAGCUCAGGAGAAGGACCUGGAAGGCAAUCAUUCACCCCUUCCCAAGGUUUUUACCUAAAGGGAAAUGUAUCUCAGUGAGUCACCAAAUGUAUUGCCCUUACCAUGAAUUCAAACUUGAGGUCCUUUGCGUGCAAGAAAAUCCUCUCCAUGGGGUUACUUUAAAUCUCUCACUCUUCACUCCCAUACCUAGUUGAACACUGAAGCCUCAUUGACUGCAAUGGUUUGCACAUGUAUUGCCUUUUCUCAUGUGUUUCUGGAACAUUUGGUUAUUAUUAUUAUUAUUAUUACUACUACUACUAUUAUUAGAUUGUUUUCAUAUGGAUGUUGGGAAUCUCUCCUCCCCUCUUGCUGCCUUUUCAUAUUUCUAUGAUUUUAAUGAUGUUUGAUAAAGCAUUCCUUCAUUGAUUAGCAUUUUAAAGCAUAUCAGGCAUGUAGAUUUGUCAUUACAUUUGCCUGGCUGGCUUAGCACCUGCUUUUGGCUUUCCUAGAGACUGAAAAAGCAAGUGUGAUUUGCUUGGUUGAUGUGUGUGUGUGUGUGUGCGCGCGCGCACGUGCUCAUGCGUGUGCGAGGGAGAGAGAUCAAUAAAGCCACAAAGCUAUAAAAGCUCUCAGAUGAUGGAACUUUUUGCACUUAUUCUGAAUGAGAUUUGGUUUCCAGAUGGGCAGGGACAAUGCUAAUAACAGAAAUAAGAUUGCUGGACUCAGUAGACUUGCAAAGCUGCCCACUGGUUCUUCGAAAAGAAAAUGAAAUGUAAUCAAUGGUGUUUGAGGAAUUUUUCCCCCCACAUCGCUGGUUUUUAAUUUAUCUAAUUCUAUCGAAUUCACCCUACUCAUUAAUGUAUCCAGCCUUGCUGUCUGGGUAAUAUAUCUGUGGUGGGUAGGGGGCAAACUGGCUGAAUGCUACUUUAUAUUAUAUGUCAGUUCCUUGCACUCAAGAAUUCUCCAAUAUGCAAAAGAUACAGCCUGUCUUCUCAGGAAAGAUUCUAGCCGAAUCUCCCUCUGGCUUGCUAAUUUUUUAUAUGCAAGUAUUAGCAUUAGCAUUAGCAUUAGUCUUAGUAAUAUAAAUAAUAGUAUGGGAGGAGAUGCCAUUAUGUAAUGGACCCUGGAUCGAGAACAGCUCUGAACAUCUUGGAUGUUGGCAGUAAUGCUAGUAGAGCGUCUGUUUUACUUGCAAGUUGCCCUAAAGUCAUCUUCAUUCAGACUGGGUUGUAGAGGAUGAGAAAGUAAGCUCCCCACUCCACCAAAUUUGCUGCACUUUAACAUUCUGCUAACAUUGGCUUUUUCUCCCUGUUAAGGAACAUGCUCUGCUUUCCUUUCUUUAUGAUUUAUUUGAGCCUUGCUGCUGCCUAGCGGAAGAAAGGGCUAAUAAAACUGUUACUAAUUUAUCUAUCAGCUUUUAAACUCUUGCCAGCUUUGAAUAUCCUUGUUUAGAGUGAAAAGGCAGAGCGCGAAAAGCCUUGAAAUAAAUGUGGCUGUGGAUGCCGUCAUCUGCGCGUUGCACCAGGCACAAUGUUGGCACCACCUCUGUGAGAACCUGGCCCAUCUAGGAGUGCAACUGGUGCAAAACCAGGCAGCGUGUGACACACGCUUUUCUUUGUUCUAUGAAUGCCCAAUUGCUCUUGUGGCCAUGAUCAUCCUAGCAAGUUUAGUCUUUUAAAAACUGUCAAGUAGGUAACUGCAAUAAUUUUUGUGGCCCGCAAAUGUUUUCAUACAACAGGAAAAAGCUGCAUUGUUGUGUUCCAAGAACUUGCAAACUUUCAUUUGACCCAAAUCUAAUUUCCUUGUGUAAGAACAUGGGACAAGUGGCUUAUUUGGUGGUCUCCUAACCUUUGUUUAAAGUAUAAAGCUAUAUUUUUAAUAAGGGGGACAGUCAUAAGAAAUGUAUGAUUUCACUGUGUGUGGAUACCUGAGACACAAAAUUGGUACUUUCCUUUGAGUCUACGCUUGGGAGAGAUUUGAUACAUACGAAAAUGGGCUUUUGAAACUAUUUUUAUUAUCGAAGUGCCUACGGUGAACGUGGCAUAAACGGCUGAAAUGAUUACUUUUCCAGUGGUAUUUUGAUAAGAGGAGAGAAACAAAACUGUAUUGCUUUUAACUGGAGGAAAAGACCACUUUUAGAAGGUUGUGAGGUUGUCCAAUUUGUAUUUACUUAUUUUUUUUCUUUUAGACAAGGAAGGAUUUAGCAGUCCUACUUCCCGUUAAAUCAAUGGCAGUUUGGGAACUUAAAGACAGGGUUGGACCCUGGAAGCACAGGGCAUCCUCUAAUCUCUCCUGUGAACCUGGCCCCUGCCUCCUAGUGGUGGGAGGUGUGCCGAUUAAACUAUAAGAAGGGAUUUUUUUUUUUUCCUGAAGUAUUGUUGUUGUUGUUGUUGUUGUUGUUAGUCAGUCUGUGGUUUCUGAUGCUCAAUGCUACUGCCACUCCCCCCAGAAUGCCUCUGUUAGAAACCUUUUAAAAGGCACUUGUGCGUUAAGUUAUAUUUCCUUUUGUUAAAAGUUACAAAGUGUUAUGUUUGCCUUUUUGACAAAAGUUGUUAUGAAUGUAGAGCAUCUGGGGAGGCACUUAAUAACAGGAAACAGAACUGCCUAAGUUUCACUGUAGCUUGCUCUGGGAAGCGUGGAAGUUAUUAUGUUCUUUGUGAUUGCCAAUUAUUAUAAAUUAAGAGAAAUACAGCAACCACCCAACAUAGAAAGACAUGGUAGAAGGCAAUUACGUAGACGCUGGGGAGAUGAGCUCAGUGGAUUUCCCCCCGGCAAAUUGAAAAGGAACAAUUUGAAUUACAGAUGCAAUCUAAACAGCAUGCUAAGUUCCACGCUCUGUCGAUUGGCACAAGAGUGGGUGGUUUUAGUAGGAUUACCAGAACUGGGUUGGAAACAUCCAACUGACCACCAGGUGGCAGUAGAGAGGUAGAGUUUUCUGUACCUCUUUGCAGCCAUCUAGAGUUUGCCUUGAUUUUUGCAGCCCAGAUCCUGGAGCCCUGGCAUCAAGUAGCAAAUGCCAGCAAGCAGUAGCAAAGGGUUGAAGGAAAGAGUUGGGUAGCAUGUUCUUUAAGCUUGCCUGCUGCCUUAGGUGGAGGAUGGUAGGCCAUUGUCUCCACGGAGAAAGCAUGAUCUGCCAGGCUUUUCUGCAUGGGGUGGGAGCACCAACUUGUUCUUCACUUCCCUCCCUUCAGUUUCUUGGGCUGACUGGCUGCUCGCAAGCUGCACCUCCUCAAAGCCAGUAGCAACAUUUCCAGUGACUUUUAACAGUGCUGGGCCUAGUAGACGCAUUCCAAAAAAUGUUAAGCAUGCUUCUGUUCUGCUAAUCUUGGUACAUGUCUGGUGGUCUUAACUUUCUGCCAGCUGCACUGCUUUUCCACAGCUGAAUAGCUUGGAGGUCAUGCAUGAAAUACAUGGAAAGCAGCGCUGGCCAAUCAGAACCCAAGGAGGUUUCUGGCUUGACAUCAUUGGCUCUGAGUCUGAGAUGUGUAUCCAUUUCCAUUAAUCUACUGUCCAUUUCCAUUGAGCUUUAAUCAAGUGGGGAUCACCUGGAUAAUGAGUUCUUCCUUCUAGUUCAGCCUUCUAAACCUUGACACUCUCCUGAUGAGAGCAAAAUCAUGAGUCUUGGACUCCCAGAAUACUCAUGAACAAUGGCUGUCCUGCUGGGGAAUUCUGGGGAAUCCAUGUAUCUGGAGGGUGUCCAAGCUGGGAAAGAGUGUUCCACUAUCAUGGCCGAUGUUUGAGAAGGCCUAUAUUUCCACGUCUAUGGUAUCAGAAUGAUAGCGGGUCCCCAGAAGGACAUGACCAUCUCCAGGCUGAAUCCUGAGUUAAGUAAGAUGUCUUCCAAUAUAAGCUGAAAUCUGCUUUUCUGGAACAUCAUUGCUUUGGCUAAGUUGCUUGACGCUUCAGUUCUAACCAAAAGCAGCAGAAUCAAAAGCAUAUGUAGCUUUUAUUAGGAGAUUUGAAAAAAAAAAAUAGAUUUGACUACUCUACUAUCCUACCAGAUAACCCAACCGGUGCUUUUUAUUAAACAACAAGUGCUCUCUUCUUCUUUUGAUAAUAUAUGUAAAUAUUUAUUAAACGUAUUAAUGUGCAUUUUUAUAAUAUUCCCCCCUUUCCUAUCCUGCUGACUGUUGUGUACCAUUUCACAUUCUACAUCUUUGGAAGGUUUUUGAGACAAUCAAUGUGUACCAUAUUGACUGUACAUAAGAGAUAUGAAAUUUAAACAAAACAAAGACAGAGUUGUAAAGCCUGGGCAGAAAGAUACAUUUUAUUUUCAAAAUGCUGUUCUUAAUGAAGAAAAUAAAAAUGUUAAAAAAAAUAAAGAAUUACUAUUUACUUACAA